AUGGCUCUCCUCUCGAUGCUCCCGGGCCCAAGACAAUGGUCGGCCUUGCUCUCACUGGCGCUCUGGCAGGCCACGGGCUCCGCGGGAGACUCGGCUGCAGACUAUUAUGUUCGCAACCUUCCUGGGUUGCCCACUGACUCUACUCCCAUCAAGAUGCAUGCUGGCCAUAUCGAAAUCACCCCCGAGCACAACGGAAACCUCUUCUUCUGGCACUUCGAGAACCAGCACAUCGCCGAUAAGCAACGAACCGUCAUCUGGAUCAAUGGUGGACCUGGAUGCAGCUCCGAGGAUGGCGCGAUGAUGGAAAUCGGCCCCUAUCGAGUCAAGGACGAGAAGACCCUGGUCCCAAACAAUGGCUCCUGGAACGAGUUUGCCAACUUGCUCUUCGUCGACAAUCCGGUCGGCACUGGCUUCAGCUAUGUCGACACCGACAGUUUCGUGCACGAGCUGGACGACAUGGCCGACCAGUUUGUCCAGUUCCUCGAGAAGUGGUUUGAAUUGUUCCCUCAAUAUGACACUGAUGACAUCUACAUCUCUGGUGAGUCGUAUGCUGGACAACAUAUCCCCUACAUUGCGAAAGCAAUUCUUGCGCGCAACAAGAAGAACCCUCAGACCCCAUGGAAUCUAAAGGGGCUGUUGAUUGGAAACGGGUGGAUCUCCCCACGAGAGCAAUAUCCCGCCUAUAUCUCCUUUGCUGUCGACAAGGGCAUCAUCAAGAAGGGCUCGGAUGAACACCAGCAGUUAAAGCAUGAGCUGCGAAUUUGCGAGAAGCGUAUGGCGACUGAGCCUGGUCGUGUCGACUACAGCGAAUGCGAAGCCAUCCUCUCAUCCAUCCUCCGGCUUACCAAGUCCGGCAACGGAAAUGAUGCAUGCAUUAACAUGUACGACGUACGCCUGAAGGAUUCCUACCCCAGCUGCGGCAUGAACUGGCCUCCGGACUUGAAGCACGUCGGUCCCUACCUGAGGAGGGACGAUGUUGUUCGCGCUCUACACGUCAGCGAACAGAAGAAUACCGGAUGGCAGGAGUGCAACGGCGCCGUAGGCAAUGCGUUUUCUGCCAAGAACUCGAAGCCCGCGGUCGACUAUCUUCCCGAUCUCCUGGCGGAUAUCCCGAUUCUCCUCUUCUCGGGAGCCGAAGAUCUGAUCUGCAACCACAUCGGCACUGAAGAGAUGCUCAAUAAGAUGAAGUGGAACGGUGGCAGAGGCUUCGAGGUCACCCCUGGAAACUGGGCCCCUCGCCGAGACUGGACCUUCGAGGGCGAGGCUGCGGGCUUCUGGCAGGAGGCUCGCAACUUAACCUACGUCUUGUUCUAUAACUCUUCCCACAUGGUUCCCUUCGACCUGCCCCGCCGAAGCCGAGACAUGCUUGACCGCUUCAUGGGCAUCAACAUCGACCACAUCGGUGGAGACCCUGCCGACAGUCGCAUUGACGGAGAGAAGGGACCCGAGACCACUGUCGGCGGUGCUACCAACAAUACCCAGUCGGCCCAGGACGACCAGCAGAAGAAGCUGGAGGAGGCCAAGUGGGCUGCGUAUCAGAAAUCAGGCGAGGUCGUCCUCGUCAUUGUCGCCGUCGCUGCCACGGCUUGGGCGUACUUCAUCUGGCGUGAGCGCCGCAAGGUUGCUACCUACCACGCCCUUGCUGGCAACGACUCUUCUGGGCGAUUGGAUGGGUUACGGGCUAAGCAAGGCCCUGGCGAUCUUGAGGCCGCCGCUUUCGAUGAGAGCGAACUAGAUGACCUACAUGUAGAAACCCCGACAGUGGCUGGCAGAGCCGAGUAUGCCGUGGGUGAUGACAGUGAUAGCGACUCGGACAACGAAAAGAACCACACGAGCGGACGCUCGCGAUGA